CUGUUUUCAGUACUGGGUAUAGCACUUAUGCUGUGUUUCCUACAUUUCAUUUUAUUUUAUACACAUUAUUGUGUACCUGUGCGAACUCAAGAGAGACCACCUUGGCCACGUAUCUUAGUUUCAUUCUCCUCUCUCAGAGCACAUACACAAUUGGAACGGACCGAAAGAUGACGGUGGCGGCCCAGCAAAAAGCUCACUCACUCUCCCAAACUCCGCCAGCUCCAAGGAGAAUUAAGGGGUCUAGACCCUUUCAGUCUCCCUCGCCGGAGAUUUAGAAGGAAAAUUGGCAAAAAUGGGCCCAUUGAUGAUACACACGUCCCCCCCCCCCCCCAGUGGGAGAGCGGAAUCCCGAGUCCGAUCGAGUUAGUACGGGCCCCCGGUUUCCUCAUUUCCCUAAUCUCGCAACUGAUGCUCUGCGCCCAUCCUUGCUUCGAAAACCUCGAAGCAGACUAGUCUCCUGAAGACAUGCGCGGUCUAGAUCGUUCCGUUGAACAGGUCUUGGCCGCAAUUCGACGUAUCGCCGCUGAAGGAUGAAGAACGUUGCCCGGGGCUUUCCUAUGAGAUGCUUUCGACGGUGUCCCGCGGGUGCCUUCACGUCCCCGUUUUUGUCGGCGAAGUUGUUGUUGUUUUGUUGUACGAACCUCAUCCGUUAGAGUUCCAUGGCGCGGCUCUCGACCAAUAUCAGUUGAGUCGCAUUUGCCGCACGGAAAAGGAGCGCGCGGCAGAUUUUGGCUCCGGCUCCCGUGUCACUCGGUGGACUUGAGAGCAAGCUUUCUAGUCGCAGGGACUCUUGUCCGUUCCCAAAGUGGGAGAGGACGACAGAGUAAAAAAGAGUUCCACUCGCGGCAUCACAGGCUGUUGUGCGGAAGACACCACAUGGAGCGAGGAGACAGGCGUUGCCACAAUGGCGGUGUAUGUAUCCAACGGCUUACCCGGUCGUCGGUCUCUUUGUUCGGCAGUCACCUUGCGAAGUACUUGGAAAUCCAAUACUCCCAGCCAAAGCCCCCAGCCCAGAUGCCAUCAUUUGGCCGAGCCUCCUUUCCUCAACCCCGGCCAGGUCGCAAGGUCUCAUCUCCCCCUCGCCCACCCUCCGCUCCUUCGAUGUUGGGCCUUAUUUAAGGACCGGAACUCCGUGCCGUUGGGACAUGGAACAGAUGCCCCUUGUCAUCAUAACUGCUGAUGGAUAUCCGUCGUCUCAGUUCAUGCAAGUGCUGUCUUUCGCUACACACAUCAACUCCUCUUCCGAUUCGAAUGGUGAAUUGAUUGACCCCGACAGCAGAGGCAGUGUAUCGUUAUGAAUUCUUGGAGGCUUGCAUGAUGCAGUACUGAGCAAGCCUCUUGACGAUGGGCGUGCCAUGUCUAGACGUCGAAGAAAUUCGAGAACAGGCAGGCGUCAAUCUUCAUAGAAAGAAACCAUCAUCGACGCGGAGGAAUACCGACAUCAGUAUUUUAUAGCAGAAUAGCCUCGGCCGACCUGAUGAUAGUGGCAUCAAUUUACCGGCAGUUGU